AUGAAGAAGAAAUCACACCGGAAAUCGCCAGAAGGAAAUCAUAGUUUGACAAAGGCAGCCAAUAAAGACACAGCUAAAUGCAACGAGGAACGGGGAAGAAAUAUCGGGCAAUCAAAUGAGGAGGAGAAUGCAACGAGAAGUGAAAAAGACAGAGAGGGUGAUGAAGAUCGGAAUCUGAGGGAGUACGUGAUCUCAAUAGCUCAGAAAUACUAUCCCCAUUUAGUAAGCUGCAUGCGGCAAGAUGAUGACAAUCAAGCAUCCGCCGAUGCUCGUGGGGCAGAUGGGGCAAACGAUGAGGAACACUGUCCAAAACACUGUCCGCGCUUGAAUGCUCAAAAGUACUACCUUUACUCGGCAACUUGUAAUCACCAUUGUGAGGACAGCCAAGCGUCCUGUGACGAGGAGGGCGAUGGAAAACGGCUUCUGAAGCAGUGUCUACUCUGGUUAACUGAAAGAUACUAUCCCUCUUUGGCAGCCCGUAUUCGACAAUGCAAUGACGAUCAAGCAUCCUCCAAUGCGCAUGGUGCCGAUGAGACUGACGAUGGAGAUCGGCGUCUGAAGCAGGCUUUGCUCCUUUUUGCUAAAAAAUUAUAUCCCUGUGUAACCACCUGUAUCCGCCACUGUGUUGCUGACCACACGUCUCAUGAUGCGCGUGGUGUAGACGAGGAGGUCGAUGGAGAACAGCUUCUGAAACAAUGUCUACACUCCUCUGCUCAAAAAUUCUACCCCCGUUUGGCAGCCUGUGUUUGUCACUGUGAUGCAGACCAUGCGUCCACCGAAACGUGUGGUGCACUAGGGGUGGGCAAUGCGGAACGUUGUCCGCAACAAUGUCCGUGCUUGUGCGCUCAACAAUACUACGUCCAAUCGGCAACUUGCGUUCACCACUGUGACAACGAACAAUCCUCCCCUGAAACCCGUGGUGUGAAGGAGGAUGUUGACGUGGAACAACUUCUGAAGCAGUGUCUGCUCAUGUUCGCUGAAAAAUUUCAUCCCACUUUGGCAGCCGGUAUUCGUAGCUGUGCUGAUGAUGAGUCUUCCCAUGUCGCGAGUGUUGAAGGGGAGGACGAUGCUGAUAAACAGCGUCUGAAGCAGUAUCUUCUCCUAUUCGCUCAAAAAUACUAUCCUCACUUGAUAGCCUACAUUCAAAAGCGUGAUGACGAUCAAUCCUCCUCGAGUGUACGUGAUUCAGGCGAGGAGGCCAACGAGGAGGAGGAGCGUCUGAAGCAGUGUCUACUCUUAUUUGCUCAAAAAUUAUAUCCCCGUUUGGUAGCCUACACUGGCCGCUGUGAUAGCAAUCAAUCCACCUCUGAUGGUUGUAGUGUAGACGGGGAGGAGGCUGAAAAACAUUACCUGAAGCAAAGCCUACUCUUAUUGGCUCAAAAAUACUAUCCUUCUCUGGCAGCCUACCUUCGUCAAUUCGAUGACAAUCAGUCGUCCUCUGAUGUGCGUAGUGUAGACGAGGAGGAGGCUGAGAAACGUCAUCUGAAGCAGGGUCUACUUUUUUUCGCCGAAAAAUACUAUCCCUCUUUGGCAACCUAUAUCCGCCGCUGUGAUGACGAUCAAUCCUCCUCUGAUGCCCGUGUUGUGGACGAGGUGGACGAUGAGGAUCGGCGUUUGAAGCAGGGCCUGCUCCUAUUGGCUCAAAAAUACUAUCCCCCUUUAGCAAACUACAUCCGCCACAGUCAAUCGUCUUUUAAUGUGUGUGGUGCAGACGAGAAGGAAGAUGAGGAACACUGCCUCAAUCAGCUACCGCGCCUAUGCGCUCAAGAGGCCUACAUCCGUUCGUCAAGCUGUAGUCACCACUGUGAUGACGAUCAAGCGUCCAAUGAUACGCUUGUUGUAGACAAGGAGGAGGAGGAGAAAUAUCGCCUGAAACAGGGUCUACUUUUGCUCGCUCAAAAGUUUUAUCCCCCUUUGGCAACCUGCAUUCACCAAUGUGAUGAUCAGUCGUCCCAUGAUACGCGUGGUGUAGACGAGGAGGAAGCUGAGGAGCAGCUAUUGAAGAAGUGUCUACUCAUGUUUGCUGAAAAAUUCUAUCCCUCUUUGGCAGCUACCAUUCACCACAGUGUUUACGAUCAGGCGUCCUUUGAUAUGCGUGACGUAGACACGGAGAACGAUGAGACACACUGUCUGAGCUUAAGCGCUGAAAAUUACUCCACCGCUUCGACAACCUGCAUUCACCACAGCGAUGGCGACCAAUCCACCUCUGAUGCGUGUGGUGUGGAGGAGGGGGACGUUGAGGAACAGCGUCUGAAGCGGGGUCUACUCCUAUUGGCUCAGAAGUACUAUCCCUCUUUGGCGGCCUAUAUUUGUCAAUGUGAUGACUAUCAACCGUCCUCUGAUGUCUGUGGUGUAGGCGAGGAGGAUACUGGUGAAGAGCGUCUAAAGCAGUGUCUACUUUUAUUCGCCAAAAAAUUUUAUCCCUCUCUGGCAAGCCGUAAUAGCCAAUGUGGCGACAACUUGAUCUUAAAUGAUGAAGUUGUCGGAGAGACCGUCAUUAACUCUGACACCGAUACUGAUGAGGUUACACCUGUUGAAAAGUCGACGGCAGUAUGUGAUGAGGUAGACGAGGUUCCAUUUAAGUAUGUUGGCAGUCCUACUCCUCUCUCUGAUGUUGAUGUGGAUUCCUUGGAAAAAGUCAUCCCUCCUAAUGAUCUAACUGCUCAUAGUUCAUUUCAAAAUAGCUUAGAUCACUCUGUGGAAGGUGGAUAUCCUGAUAGAGCAUUCUACAUUGGACGUCAUACUGUUGAGUCUGCCGAUUCAACUGCGCCUCUAUCCAAAUCUUCUUCUACAAAGUUAUAUUUCAGCAAUACAGACGAAUUUCCUACAGAGGAAGAGGUUUCUUCUCCCAUCGCUCCUUUGUCUAUCCAGAGGCGAAUUCGUAUCUACUUGGAAGACUUGGAGAACGUACGAAAGGUGUCAUUAAUACCCUUAUGCAAAACCGACAAAUUUGGAAACCCUCAGGAGGAAAUUAUCAUUGAUUCAAACUUAGACGAUGAUACUGAUGAAUCGAAACUUUCUUCUGUCGAUGUUGAAUUUACAAUGGAACAAGCAGAUGCAACUCCUCUUGAUUUGGAGGCUCAGGAUGAAGACCUCAAGAAUUGUGUUGCUAUCAUCCUUAAGCACAUCUGGUCGGAGUUAAUGGAGUGCAUCAGAAGGGAGGGUUUAAGCGACGUUUACGAGCUAUCUCUAGGGGACAGGCGAAUCGAGGUUCCACAAGAUGACGUCUGUUUGGCUCUUUCACUGUUGUCUGUCAGGGCUGACACACGACGUGCCCCUGCUGUCAGUAAUGGGACAUCCGUCACCAGUGUGCGUUGUACUCUACGACAGCAUUCCUUUUCAUGUGGACUCAACUUGAACCUUCCUUGCGGCUCGCCAAAAAGACAGUUUAAUAACAUUACUCCAGACACAAUAAAUUCGCAUGUCGGCCUUCUGGAUCCAUGCCAAACUGGCCUGCUUUACUUUAAGCAUCCGUCGGAAUCAGCUAAUGCUAAAAUCACUUAUCUUAGGCGGAAAUAUCCUAUUCGUAUUCCACAAUAUAUUACGAUCAACGGUGGUACACAAGAGCUCACAGUUGAGCAGCAAAUUUAUAUUGAAGGAAAGAAGGAAGAAGAAGAACCAAUUAUCGAAGUGCUGCUCACGGAUAAUGUGCCAGGUUUAGGCACAAAGGGGCACUUGGUAAAACUUCAUCGUAAUAGAUUUUGGAAUAACCUCUACCUGCGUAAUCUUGCAGAACUUCCUACUCCAGAACGCAUAAAUGAACUGAAAUCGGAGGCAUGUCAUAAUUCUCCCAUUAUGUCGAUUAUUACAAAUCUUGAUGAUGCAAACGUCCUCUCUGGUCAUUCGUACGAAACCCAACAGCGUCUUCUUAACAUGACUUUGUACAUACCGAUGAACCCGUCUAUCCCUUGGACUUUGACGCCAAAGCACGUAAAGGUGGCCUUCCGUAGAGUAGGAGUAGUUGUCGAGGAAGAAGACAUUGCGAUGCCUGAAAAACCAGUGACUGCGUCCACGCUGGAGGAAUUCACCGUAAACGUUAACAUGGAAAACAAGAUUUCCGUUCCUGUCAAGUGUCGCAUCUUUCUUUAUCAACGAUUGGAUGCAAAGACGACGACCAAACCGCCCUCCAAUGUUUUCCGUAAAAUUCGCCUCGACGACUGGCUGUCAGAUUUCCCAGAUGAUGAGUUGCGGCUCCUCCCUGGCUUCACUAACAAGCCCUACCGAUGUGUGCGUGUUCCUGGAAUUGGUUUCAUUGGUACUGUGUUAAGUCCAGAUCGGUGUCCUCCGUUGCAGACGACUCUGCGCACAUUCUGGCGCUCAUCCUCGAACGAGGCGAAAGCGCGUCUUAAAACCCUCUUCUCCAUUCAACGGGAAAAGGGAUGGUCGAAAAAAUGCAAAAAAGUCCCUCUAACACCGGCCAAUCAAACAGCAUUGAGUCAUUUUGACAAGUACUACUCAUACAUCUUCGGUGCCGCCAUCUGGAGUGGUAUCCGCGCUGCUUUACUCACUCCACCUGCCAAAGUCGCAGUUCUUAACUCCGCCAAUCCAGGCCUCCACGAGUGCACCGAAAACCUUCGCUCCAAGAACUAUCUUGACCUCUUUAGCGAGUUGUGUAAAGUGAAUACGAGAAUCUCCGAUGAGACGAACCCUGAUCUUCUGUCAUACUGCACGAAUACCGUGGAAUCCGUUGCGGGUCGAGCGUUCCUCGUGCACCGGGAAGCUCCACUCGGCCAAGUGUCGGAAUUCCUUCCCCCCACCGAGUUAGUCAGCGAGAGAGACAUCUAUGCACGAGACUCAGACCAGGCCUUUUUGAUACAUGCAGAGUCCGAUCUGCUGCAGACACCUGACCUACUGAUGGUGAAAGAGGAGGGGGAGGAUAAGGCAAAAGAAUCCGAUUUGGUGGGGACUUUCAGGAAUUUAAGGUGUUUUGCACCGCCAUGUGGGAUGUUCUCCGCUCUCCCACAACCGAAGUAUUCAGACAACUGUUUUGAUUUUUAUCCCCUGGACUUGGGCUCAGUGCUGACAGUGUUGAUGUUGGAUGUGCAGCCGGGAACUCGAAUGUUGGAUCUCUGCUCCGCACCAGGCGGCAAGGCUGUGACCGCAUUGCAAACACUUAAUCUGGAACGAUUACUAUGCACCGACAUCUCAGCGUCUCGUCUGGACCGCCUGCACAAUGUGCUGGCGGGCUUCGCCUGGGGAGUGGGGAGCGGGCGUAACGGUCUCCCCGAUGUGGAGGUAGCCACGACAGCGGUGCUGCAGCGUUUGCGGGGUCGAUCGGGCGAACGGUUCUCCCGUGUCCUCGUCGACGUGCCCUGUUCUACCGAUCGCGAUGCCCUAACUGCUCCAACUGGAGGUUAUUUUGCUCGGGGUAAAGCCGCUGAGCGAGUCAGACUGGUGGAGAAACAGAGGGCACUUCUUCGACUGGCGAUGUCCCUCUGUGAGGUGGAAGGCUACGUGGUCUACUCCACCUGUACCCUCUCGACGGCCCAAAAUCAGGCUAUCAUUGAGUUCUGCCUCGGACGUCGUGAGAGCGGUAGUGACAGCAGCGGCAGCAGCGACUCGGAGUUUGCGGUGGUAGACGCCACUGCUUUUGUGGAACUCUGUGCCUCGCGGCUCAACACCGCGCUGGGCGUACGAGUGGUGCCCGCCUACUCUACCACCGGUCUGCCCCUCGGAGCGAUGGUUAUCCCCUGUCUAUCGGCCAACUACGGGCCCACUUUUAUUUGUAAAAUCAAGCGGUUGAAGUAG